ACACCUUAACGUCAUAUCUUAAUGCGUUGAAGUUGAAAAUCUGUAUGCAUUUCACAUCGCCUACGCGAGUUAUCUAGUUUCAGCUUUACUGUCAUUGUAUUUGAAAACAGCUGAUGAAUCCAAAACAAGAAUGUCGAAAGAGAAGCAAAAAUAAUGUAAAGAAAUAAAAACAAAUAGCACUUAUCUUUCGGUAAUUUAUAUAAUGAUCAGUUGUGAUUCUGUUAUCAACAUUAAACCAUGAACUUUGCGGGAAAGGUUGUGCUCAUAACUGGAGCAAGUUCUGGGAUAGGAGCAGCUACAGCAGUAAAAUUUGCCCAAUUGGGUGCCUUACUUGCUCUAAAUGGACGCAAUGCUGAGAAUCUGAAAACUAUAGCAAGUCAGUGUGCGUGUGUUGGUAAGGAACCAAUUUUGGUUGUAGGCGACAUUUCCAAAGAAGCUGACACAGAAAGGGUUUGGCAGGAGACGUUACAAAAAUACAAAAAAUUGAAUGUAUUAGUUAACAAUGCUGGCAUAAUUGAAACAGGUAGUAUCGAAAAUACUAACCUGGAGCAAUAUGAUCGUGUGAUGAAUACCAAUUUACGUGCUAUAUACCAUCUAACAAUGUUGGCCGUACCUGAACUGAUUAAAAGCAAAGGCAAUAUUGUAAAUGUUUCUAGUGUAAAUGGUAUACGUUCGUUCCCCGGUGUGCUAGCUUACAAUAUUUCGAAAAUGGGAGUAGAUCAAUUUACUAGGUGUGUUGCUUUGGAAUUGGCCGCCAAAGGUGUGCGUGUGAAUUGUGUUAAUCCUGGUGUUACCAUUACUAAUUUACACAAGCGCGGAGGAAUGGAUGAAGAAACAUACAAAAAGUUCCUAGAACAUUCCCGAACAACACAUGCUUUAGGUCGGCCUGGCACUGCAGAUGAAGUGGCAAAUGCAAUCACUUUUUUGGCUAGUGAUUUGGCCACUUUCACGACUGGUAUAAGUUUGGCCGUAGAUGGCGGUCGACAUGCUAUGUGUCCUCGGUAACUGAGUAAUACCUACAGAAAAUUGCAUUUAAUUCUAUUUAAUUUUACGUUUUUUUAUAUUUAAAUAGUAUGAUGUUAAAAAAUUUUGUACUUUAUUAAAUACCGCAAAUAAAAAGUCUAUACAUUUACAUACAUAA